CGAACUUAAGCAACUCUGGUGCGCGAACAAAGAAAACCUUGAGCAAAACAAAAUAUGACAAACAGCUGUCAACAAAUGAGAAAAAGCAAAUGCCAAAAGUUUUUCAAUUGAUAAGAACAGCAGUAUUUUAAUUAUUGUGUUUUUAGGCAUUUUAUUUUGUGCUGAAGUAUGCUAGCGGACGUAGAUGUAUUCAUAUCCAACUAUACACUAGUGGACCCAGAAAUAUACCAAUUAUGGAUAGAAGGAUUUUCGUCAAGCGAGGCCGUCUGCUACCUGAAACAGAAGGGAUUCGGCAGCAAUUUUGGAGCGCCAAUUGAUCUUAUCGCCUCUGACGUGCUGGACCAUUAUCGCACCUACUCUCUGAUAGAGCGUCUGCUGCAUGCACCAACUAAAUUGCUGGAACAGUCAUGUUUUCAGUUGGAGCCACAAACGCGUGAUUUGAUUAUUGAAAAGUAUUACUCCAUCGACGACUUAGUUGCGCGUGAAAUUCUGGGCAAAAAAUUGUCAAGUCGUUAUAGGAAAGAUUUGGAUGAAGUGUCGGAAAAGACUUGUGUUAAAUUGAAGUCAUGCAGGCGUCAAUUUGACAAUGUCAAACGCAUUUUCAAAGCUGUAGAAGAAUUACCAGGCAAUAUCACAAACAAUAUUAAGCAACUAUUUUCAGUGUCAGAUGAGUUAGCAAAAAAAUACGCCUCAAUUGUUUUUCUUGCCUGCCUACGUUUUGAAACUUCCAAAAAGAAGCUGCAAUUUUUGACUUUCUCCGACUUGUUUGCUUGCUCACAAGCUAUUAUGAUCUACUGGACCUAUACCUAUCAACAUUCAGGUCCCGAAUAUUACGAUACCGAAAUGGACAAAGAAUUCUUGCUAGAUUUGCGUGAGUUGCGUUGUUUGCUCGACAAGGAGAAGGAAAUUAAACAUCUUGUUUGCCUGCGCUUGAAGCCAGUGCUAUUGGAACGUGCUUACUUUGAGCUGGAUACGAAUUUCCGCUCCUAUUGGCGUGCAUUUAUUACCAUAGCUUGCAAUUUGCAUCGUAAUCGUGAAUUGCGUGAUUUGUUUUUGGACUUGUGUGAAAAAUUGAUAGAACCAUGGCGCCAAAAUGGCUGGAGUAAGGAGCAAGUAAAUAAAUUUUUGUCAGCCAUAACACAAAGCGUGUUGGAUUUAGAAAUUUCGCGCGAUCAAGAGACGCGUUGUUUGUGGGAUCGUUACAUGCAAGUCAUAAGUAUUUGUUUGGAACACAUGUAUCAUAUUUAGGGAAAAUAAUGUUCAGCAUUUGUAUGUUAUUUAAAAUAUGUUGUCCUUCUAAUGAUUAGGAAAGCAAAAAGUUCGUAUGCGAUUUAUUUGCUCAAAGUAUGUGGAUUGAGCUAAAAAGUGCAAUUUACUCGUUUAAAAAAAAUUUAAGCGCAGUAUUAUGACAUUUAUUAAAUUGUAUUUUAAUUUAUAAAAACACUAUAUACCCAAUGUGAAAAUAAAAUUAAAUAUAAUAUACAUAUUAAUGUAUUACUGAGUAUGACAAUUUUUUUGUAAUUUAAAAUAUUAUAUGAUUAUUAUUUUAAAAACUAAAAGUAGUGCAACAAAUUAUUUCAUUAGUUUAAAAUUAUUGAUAUUUUCAUUAUUUAUAAUUAGACUGUUUGUAGGAAUAAAAAUUAUACCUUUAUCUUUUUGUAAAGAUUUCUGUAAAAAUAAUUUUGGAAUUUCACAUCCAUAUUUGAGCUUAAUUUUUCGAAAACUAUUACUUAUUUAAAAGAAAAAAUUUAACUCUCAAUGAGGUAUUAUUUAUUGAAAAAAAAAAUUAAUCCCAAUAGAUUUAAAUAAAAAAAAAUUUGUUUUACUUCGUGUUCUACCAUUUUGAACUACAGCGAUCAUCUUCAAUACUGUAGUACACUUAUAUUUUAUCAAUUUUUAAUUCUGAUUAUGGGCUUAAAAUUAAAAUUUUGAAUUUAAC